AUGGAGAACUCCUUGCAGGUGGCCAACAUGACCAGGGUCCAGCAGUUCGUCUUGCUGGGGCUUUCCACAAAGCCAGACAUAAGGGAUGCCCUGUUUGUGGUCUUCCUGGCCCUCUACCUGCUGACGCUCCUGGAGAACUCCCUCAUCAUCUACCUCAUCGGCAGCCACAGGGAGCUCCACAAGCCCAUGUACUUCUUCCUGGGCAACCUCAGCUGCCUGGAGAUGUGCUACGUGUCGGUGACCAUGCCCAGCCUGCUGGUGGGGCUGUGGACAGGACUCUACCAUAUUUCCUUUGUGGCCUGCAUGACCCAGCUCUUCUUCUUCAUUGUCCUUGUUGGCACUGAGUGUAUCCUCCUGGCCUCCAUGGCAUAUGACCGCUAUGUGGCCAUCUGUCGACCUCUGCACUACCCACUGCUCAUGCGGCCCCAGGUCUGCCAGGCCUUGGCCUUGUCUUCAUGGCUUGGUGGGCUGGUUGUCUCUCUAGUCAAGACCACAUGCAUAGCCACUCUGACCUACUGCGGUCCCAAUGUCCUCAACCACUUCUUCUGUGAUGUAGCCCCUCUUUUGGAUCUGUCCUGCACCCACGUGGCCCUCACAGAGCUGGUGGACUUCAUCUCUGCCAUCGUCAUCCUCUGGGGUUGCCUCAUUUUGACUAUGGUCUCCUAUGUAUUCAUCGGAGUGACCGUGUUCCACAUGCCAUCAGCUGCUGCCCGCCACAAGGCCUUCUCCACCUGUGCCUCCCACCUGGUAGUGGUGGGCAUCUUCUACUCAGCCACAAUCUUCAUCUAUGCCCGUCCCAGGCACAUAGAGGCCAUGGACCUCAACAAGAUGCUGUCGGUCAUCUACACGGUGGUCACACCCAUGUGCAACCCCGUCAUCUACUGCCUGCGCAACAAGGAAUUCCAAGCAGCUUUCCUUAAGACCUGGCAUUGGUCUUCAUGUUAG